AUGACCACUAAAUUCUGUCGGAUUUUGCUAAUAUUUGGUAAGAUAAAUAAAGAAGAUGAAAAAGUUGAAGCAAUGAAGGCCUAAUUGGUUUGGUUUGCAGGUAUUUACGUGGCAAUUAGUCGCGCGCAAUCAGUCGAAGACGACGUUUUUCACUUCACGAACCCGUCGCAAGGCAAUGCCGUCUGGAUACUUGACGAAUCUAGUUUACCCUGGACCGGCGGUUAUCAGUUUUUAAGGUACCUAACUUUAAUUGUAUAAUAUAUGUACAUACUCUCUCGUUUUCCUUUUCUGGGUGGUUAAAUUCAUUGAAAUGUGACCACCUUUAGCGGCGAAAGCGGAAAUUACUUCACCCCACGGAAGUGGUAAGGUAAUCCCGUACGCGUUCCUACUAGAAAUUCGAAACGAACCCCCUAACUCCUAACUGGAAGUGAAGUUGAACAUCAAGACGGAAGUUUCAUUACAAUUUCAGGUCAAUCUCUGGAAUGCCAACCACCCUUCUCUCAAUUGUGGAUAGUUCCACAGGUGUCACACUUGGUCAAUGUGUGGCUCCUCAAGGUAUGAGCCCUCGACAUGUUUGGAUGCAGAAGUUCGUAAUAUCAGUUCUUACAGAUCCAUCUGGAAACUUCUCAAAACGAUGGGAACGGUUCAGCUGGGAACUGACCGCGUCCGGCCUGGAUUGCACAUUCGAGCACGGAGCUGCUAAUCGAGUAGAGUUCACGCCAAGCUCCAACCCACGCACCUUCUCGAUCCGCAUCCAAUCAGGUAACCCCGCUAGAAAUCAUUUGCCUUCACUCUCGUUCGUUAUCCCUCUUCCAACAUGCCAAGGUCAAUGUUGACACUAAUCUCGGAGAGGAGUCUUUUCAAAAUUUGCGGUCCGAUACCAUGACAUGAUGAGUGAGAUAUUUGCAUUGAGCACAACAACACACACAGAUGUUGUGUUGGAAAAGAACGGGGAGAAAAAUGUUUUGUUGUUCGUCAAGUGGAUCCACCGCCGGGGGGCCACCAUCGUCGGGUGUUUUUUGUUCUUAUCCUUCCCAUCCAUUCCGAGAAUUUUUUCAACAUCCCGCACAAAGAUCAAAAAGUAACUAUAGGCUAAUUGUUACAGUAACCGGACCAGCAUGCCUACGCGAUAUGGUCGUCCAGACGGAACAAGCCACCGGGUGCCCACCGCAUCUCUCCAGGAACUCGUUCACCGCCAACGCUCUCAAUUGUUCUUGCCCGUACUUGGACGCGGCUAACGAGGACGGUGAGAAUGGUAAGUUCAGAGACGUAAUACCUAAUACCUCCUAAUCGCAUUUCUCAAAACGCACUGGUCUUUUUUCUUCACAAACUCCUGUUUGCUUUUCGGACAGUGAAAACGGAACAGGACCGUUAUUAUUAUUUCGUAAAUAAAUAAAUAACUGUGAAAUGAAACGGAACACAGACGCACACACUUUUUGCACUUGAGUAGGCCCACUCAUGUAUAGGCAUGUGUGUGUGUGUGUUCCGGCUCGUUGCAUGACCAACCAAUACACAUGAACUUUCAGAGAAUGAGGACGUCGACAUGCUUGCUAACACACCACAGUUCCCAUUAUUCAAGGUUUGUUUACUUUUUCACAGUUUAUUAUUGGAAGUAAUAUGACACUUGUUUACACAUUACUCCGGAUGAGCAUCUCUAAACAUUCCAGGGAAUUGACCCUUCUGUGCUCGGAGGUGCUAGCUCAAAUCAAGGCUUCAACCCGACCCCACAAUGGACGCUUGCUCCGUCACCGUGCGCUGGAUACCAUUGCCACAACAACGGAACGUGUCUAGUGUCUCAGGAAGGCAGUGCCACAUGCCUUUGCCGUAACGGCUUUACCGGAGACCAUUGCGAGUUGGACGUGUGCUCCUCAGUUCCAUGCCAGAACGGCGGAGUUUGCCGAUCGAAUAAUGGAAUUGCAUAUUGUGAAUGCCCGCCAGCAUUUACCGGAUUGUUGUGCGAAUCGGUACGUGAUUAUGCAUUUCUUGUCCUAAUACUCCAAUACCCGCCAUUACAGUCGCACACAGAAGCCUCAACAACUCCAGAAUGCAAACCGGAAUGCACGAAUGGCGAAUGUGUGCUCAAGGAUGGUCAAGCGCAGUGCGAGUGCCGUCAGGGCUUCACCGGCGCCAACUGCAACGUACUUGACGUUUGUCUCGGGUAUGUAUGUACGGUUCAUUACGAAAUCAUCGUUUGGAAUUUCAAAUCGAGGCGGAUAAGACACUCGACUGUCAAGUCGUUCACUUCACUCAUUAGACCCCCGCUCCUUCCUUUAGCGUGAGGUGACAACUUGAGAUGUUUGUUUUUGUCCGAGCGCGCGCGAAGCUUGCGGUCAGAGGUGCACACGAAAGAGAUAGAAAGCUUAUGGACGAGUAUUAGAGCAUUGCGGAAUGGAAUGAUGGUCUUGGUAGUUGCGGCGGGUGCAAGUGCACAUCGGGGGCUUUAAUCUGGACACUCGUCAGAUUAACGAACUUAUCUGAUUUUUUGACUGUCUUUCGGAAUAGACUGGAACAACAACUGAUUAGUACUGAUUAGUUUGGAACUGUACCACUGAUACUGUAAAAGAGUAGUUUUAUGAUAAGGUGACCGCACUGGUUGUAAAACGGUAGAUUGUAUCUUUUGAGAGCUUUCAGAUCCUGAGGAACUGGACCAAUUAGAUCAUCUUUGCACUGAAUCUGAAAAUCCUAGCUCAAGUUUCAAGUAGACCAGCGCACUACUUUUUGCCCUUGUGUCUUGGUUGCGCUUUCUUUUGCGUUUCGUUUCAAAAGAAGAAGAAGCAGAAGUGAUUACACAACCUGAUGAAUCUAGAGAGGUCCAAAGAGAAAAAGCGCGCUGGGGCGAGCGCACACACACACGACAACAAUGACCUGUCUCCUUCUCCCUCUGUGCUGGUCACUUUUAUUUGCUCUCAUUUCAAAACUUUCGGCCUGCCUGUGCUCAAUUUUCUUAAGCGCAAUCCGAUCGUGUCUGUUUCGCCUCCGGUCUUCAUCACCAUCAUCAGCCCUAGCGGAACGGCUGGCCGGCACGGAAAAAUGGGAUAGAAGGAGAGAGAGAGCGAGAGAAGGACAGAGGGAAUGGGGCGGAAAACUCAUUUGAUGAUCGGAUUAAUUAGGAGAAAAGAUAAUCGCUCUCUUCGUUUCUUUUUUGAGAAGGGAUGACCAAGGAAUAAAAUAAAAUGCAUUGGUCGGAAUGCGCAGCGGACACACCCUUGUUCCGAUCACUAUAUUGUUGAUAAAGGGAGAAAAACCAAAAAGCAAAUUUUUUUCAGGGAUGCUGCGUGUUCAAUGUUUGGACCAACUGCCAAGUGUGUUCUUGAUGAUGACAUGGAUAAGAUGACCAGUGUGACGUUGAUGAAUGGAACUUAUGAUUGCCUCUGCCCACAUCCGAUCCAUGGACGUACGUGAAAAUCUCCAAAAAGAAGCAACUGAACCAGUUUUUUUUUCAGAAUUCGUGGAUUGCAUGCAACUUCACGCCCCAUCAGCGACCAGUGUUCAGCCAACGGAACCUGUCGAGAACAAUGCUAGUGUAACACCUUCGUUCCCAGUUUUGGAGAUUUCACAAGUACCAACUGGUGCACCAACUGUGCAGACCGUGGCAACAACCACCACUAUUCCUCCACUUCAUACGACAGAACAAGCUCUAAAUCCUUCAGAACCAUCCGGUAAGACUUCACAACUGUUAAAAAAAAAACUAUGAUUCUGAGUUUUCAGCUGGAUUCACAGUUACCCGGGAACCAUUGAGACCACUGGAUGUCAGCUCCACUCUCCCACCACCAUUCAACCAACACAUUAUUACUGCUGGAGAACAACAAUGGCAUCAGAACACCCAGCAAACAUUCGCCACACAACAACCAGUUGCGCCACAGACCAUGACCACCUUCAUCUUCCCACAAACCCCUGAAACCACAACCUUGGCUCCAACCACUCAACAGACUCCUGUACACAAGUUUGUGUCGCCAAACAUGCCGAAUGAGAAUGAGGAAGAAGAGGAAGAGGAGACGACCGAGGAGACGGAGGAGACUUUCCCGACGCCAAGUACCAUACAGGUUGAAACCACCUCGACCGCUCCUUCUUCCACUUUCGAAACUUCUACUCAGUUUGUUACCACGCCUGUACCAUCUACGACUACCGAAUUAGAGGAGGAGGACGAGGAUGAUGACAUGACGACAGAAGAUGUCACUGAGAGCACUACUACAGAGUUUGUGCCACCAUCCACUGCAGGAUCUACGCCGACGCCAACAACGACUAUGGAGGAAGAGGUGACUGAGAGCGAAACCGAAGGAACGACUCAGGAAGAGACAGAGUCUGAGGAGCUUCUGACCACAACUCAAACUAGUCUGCCAUUCUGGAUGACCACGACAAAGCAGGGAGGUCAACCCACUCCAAUAGACAUUGAACCACACUUACAACCGGAUGAGUUUGAAACUAGCACGGAAAGAGUUGUGGAGGAGGGAAGUGAGGAAGAGACAACGACAGGUAAGCAAGCUGAUCUUACAAUAUCUAGUAACUAAAUUAUUUUUCAACAGAACCAAACGAAGUGUCGACGCCAUCCGACGUCAUCCACCACCACACCUCAAAUGGUAAACAGUCAAGCGCGGCGGCCAGCUGGAUUAUCGCUAUUAUCGCUUUGAUCGGUAUCACUCUCCUUUGAUCAAUCAACAAUUUGUACCCACUAAUUUUUCAGUGCUUGGCCUACUGUUGCUCGCCACAAGUUUGUUCAUCCUCCGAUACAUCCGACAGUCACGUAAACUGCACGGCAAGUACAAUCCGGCACGCGAGGAGCAUAACCUGUCGGCCGCCUACGCGAUGCCCAUGUCGCACAUCGCCAAGGAAGAACGACUUAUUUAG